UCAUCGUGCAGAUAGUUCAGUAAUUUUCAGGAUAGUAUGAUUUCCUAGAUUUUUUUGCGACAUAUUAAGAUCGAGUAGUUUCGAUGUAAAACACCACACUCACCUCGUAAAAUGCUCUUGGCACUAUUCUGUACACCCUGCCGUCCAUCAUGCAGCCUGUACGUUGUUGACAAUUUGAUUUACUUGCCCAGCACAAUUGCAGACAUUGAUAAUUGGUUGAAGUCUCCGUAACAAGAAGUUUUGUCAUGCAAAAAUCAAUCACUGAACAGAAAAAGAAGUGAGAAUUAUAGAGAGUUGAGAAGUAAGAUGGUCUUCGACAAUAAUGAUUAUAUGGACAAUGUGUUGUCGGUGUCCGGUGGCACAGUGGUUUGCAAGGAGGAUACCGCUCGACUUUACUGAACAUACAACUUCGCCUAUCGGCCCAAGUGCAAUUUAUCCAUUCUGUCGAUGAGAAGCAAAAUCGUAUUUAUGAUCGCGAGCAAUUCUGUCGUUAUCAUUUGCGGAUCUAUGGGCUGUGGGAAGACGACGCAGGUGCCGCAGCUGAUUCUUGACGCCGAAUUCGACAAGAGGCAGCACUGCAACAUCAUAGUAACAGCCAAGACGCAUCGCUGCCAUGAGCAUCGCAAAACGGGUCAGCAGUGAGAGAGAUUGGACCAUUAGCACGAUUAUGGGAUAUCAAAUGGCCCUGGUGAAGAACGUGAGCCUCGACACUCGCAUAACGUAUUGCACGACCGGCGUGCUCUUGAACAAGCUCACGAGCAAGAAGCACAUGAUGGAUUACACUCAUGUUAUACUCGAUGAGAUGCACGAACGCGACGAAGACAUGGAUUUCCUUCUGCUCGUAGUGAGAAAGCUACUGUGCACCAAUUCUAUGACAGUCAAAGUUGUAUUGAUGUCCGCGACAAUUGACGUGAACAAAUUCGCCGCGUAUUUCUCGACGCCGGUGGAAGAUCCAGCUUCUGCCCGCGUCGAUCAUCGACAUACCAAAGGAUACCGGAAGUAGACACAGAACCAAAAUUUACGAGCACUAUGGCGGAAUUUUCCGCACGUAUUAUACAUAUUUUUAACGGUGUUGACAAUAAUAAUUAAAACGAAAGGUCCGCCGUGUUGGUAUUUUUACCAGGAUAUUCAUGGAAAUCGAGGAAUUACGUACUCUGUUUCUGUCAGAGAGUAUCGCGGACGCAAAAUGGGAUAUAAUCUUACACUCGUUGAUCUCGACCGAGGAUCAGGAGAAUAUAUUUAAGAAGCCGCCCAAGCAUUACCGGCGUAUCAUGUCGACGAACAUCGCUAAGAGCACCAUUACUG